AUUAGGUGUCCAACGCGCCCAACUAGAAAUGAAGAAUAUUGUUACGAUCAUAUCUUCCCUGGGCUGUCCACCAUGAAGAGCACUGCAGCAGCACCACAGACCUUUGAUCAAGAGGAUUGUGAUGUUUGGCUGGACACUGUGGAGCUGAAAGGAAAAGCUAAACAGAAGCGCCGUAGCCGUCCCAUUUCUAAACUGCUGAACCCGUUUUGUGAAGGUGCUGGGUACAGUUUGGCUGUGGCACUCAACUUCACUCAGACCAAAACAGAAAUGCCAAAAACCAAACAGAGCUCCAUAUCUGCCUUUUUCACAGCUCAUCGGAGAGUCCUCAAUAAGAUGUCCACUUCUGAGCCACCAAACAUGGAUUCAGUGCAGCCUCUUUCAUCAUCUGACUCAGCUACACCGACAGCCACAGCAUCAGGGAAAAAACGAGGGCGCAAUGUUGGUUUUGAAAACUCCAACUUUGAGCCUGUUUUGGUUGACGAGUGUACAAGUGAAAAUGUGACUGAGAAGGAAACAGAAUUAUGGCAGACACGUUCAGAAAACCAUUCAACUUUACAAAACAUAUACUGUGAAUCUGAAGAAGAGAAGCCUGAAGAGUGUGAACCACCACAGAGUAAGAGGAGGGUCUCUGAUGCCACCUUUACACAAGAUGACUGUCAACCUCUACCACAGACGUGGAGUCAGGACCCGCUGUUCACUUUCAGUCAGUACACUGAAAAUGAGUUUCAUCAGACUAACCACAAAUGUACGACAGUCAAGAACUUCUGCAGCUCUGAGCCAAGUUUCCUAAACAGUCUGCAGUAUGAGGAGGACGAGUUCUUUAGAAAACUGAUAGCUGCAGAAGGACAAACCUCAACUCAAAAAUCUUUAAAACGCCUUCAUUCUUCUCAUAUGAUUAAUGAGAAGGAAAACAGCACGCCACCGUCUUAUAAUUCCCCAAGCAAAGACUCAUCUUCCUCUCAUUUCAGACCUGUUUCAAAUCAUAAGUGGACACAACCAAAAACCGCUUCUCCUCGGAAACAAACAGGUCAGCUGUGGGAAAAGGCUGCAAAAGAAGAGAGCUCUGCCUUCCAGAUCAAGAGGACAAAACCGAUAAGCUCUCCUCUCAAAAGGCGAAUGCCGCAGCAGCGAAGCAGAGAACUCGAUGAGGACAGUUUGGCCACUUUGUUCACUCAGGACUCUGAAGGGUUCAGGGUGAUCGCACACAGAGGUCUGCACACCAGGAGUCCUCUCAAAGAUCAGAGUAACGUCAGCAUGGGAGUGGUGAGUGCUUACAAAUCUCUGCCGGAGGAGGAGGAAGAGGAUGAAGAGAUGCUGUUUACUCAAGACUCUCAGGGAAAUGUAGUGAUUAAACACUGA